AUGCCGCAGCAGGCCAGGGUGCUGUGGGCCACCGCCCUCCUGCUCCUGUUGGCGCCUGCGGCCAGCCUCGCGCAGGUCGCUUCCAGGAAGCUCGCCAACCGCGGUGAAAGCCCCGAAGUCCACUCCGCCAGGCGGCUGAGCCAGGCCGCAGAUGGCGGCGACGGCGGGCAGGAGCGGGUGUCGGCGGCGGCGGCCCAGCUGGCUGCCGCCAUUGCACAGGGCGAGCAGCGCGUGCCGGCGGCUGCCGCCGACCUGGCACGCCCCGUGACGCCCAGCGGACAGAUCCCACCAGACCUGCCCUCGCCGCCGUCUCCACAGCCAUCGACGCAGUUUGGAGCAAAGGAGUACUCAGAGGUGCUGGAGGCCUGCUAUCUGUUCUACGAGGCGCAGCGCAGCGGGCGCCUGCCGACCGACAACCGCGUGGCAUGGCGUGCGGAUGCCCAUGUGAACGACUUGGUGCCGGGAGGCUGGUACGAUGCAGGCGACUACAUCAAGCACGCGCUCACCGUCGCCAAGACCGCCACCUUCCUGGCCUGGGGGGCUGUAGACUUCCAGGGGGGGCAUGAGCGGGCCAGCCAGCUGCAGCACGCGCGGGCGGCGGUCAAGUGGGCCGCCGACUACCUGCGGGGCUGCCACCUGGAGCGCGGCCGCUGCUACGUGGGCCUGAUCGGCAACCCCGACAUCGACCACACCUUUUGGGGUAGACCACAGGACCAGCCGGUGGGCGGCACCCUGCGCCCCGUCUAUUCCUGGAACCGCACCAUGGCGGCAUCAGACCUGCUGGGCACGGUUGCCGCCUCGCUAGCCUCAGCCAGCGUGUUGCUGCGCCCUGUCAAUGCCACCGAUGCAGACAGCUACCGCGACCAUGCGGAGCAGCUGUAUGCCUGGGGGGCCUCCCUGCAAGGCAUGUACAGCAAGAGCCAGCCGGGAUACCCCUGGGUCUACAGCUGCUCCCGGUACCACGACAAGCUCAUGUUGGCGGCGGGAUGGCUGUACCGCGCCACAGGCAAUGCCAGCUACCUCCAGGCGGCGCACCGCCACUGGCGAGACGCCGGAGGCAUCUACGGUACUGCAGGCUCGGUCAACCCUUACGUUAGCUGGGAUUCCCUCUACGCCCCCGCCGCAGCCCUGCUGCUCAACGUGGGAUCGUCCAUCGGCGCCUCUGCCGUGCCGGGCCGGGCCGAGUACGCUUCUUUCUUCUCCGACUUCUCCCAGAUCUGGGUCCAGGCCACAGGCAGCUGGGGCAUUGUGAAGACCCCCAAGGGCCUGCGCCUGGCAAACUGGUCCAAGUGGGGCAACCUGCGGUACGCUGCCAACGUGGCGUUCACGGUACUGCUGCGGGCCAACCAGCUGCCGGCAGGCGCCCCGGAACGGGCAUCCCUGCUGGCCUUUGCCAGGUCGCAAGUCGACUACGCCAUGGGGUCUGCGGGCAGGAGCUAUGUGGUGGGGUGGGGCGUGAACCCGCCGCUGCGCCCGCACCACGCCGCCGCCUCCUGCCCCAGCCCGCCAGCCAGCUGCAGCUGGGCGGAGUUUGGGUCGCCUGCGGCCAACCCACAGGUGCUCAGGGGUGCGCUGGUGGGGGGGCCAGCGGGCCCAGGCGACGACACCUAUUACGAUGAACGUGACGACUAUGUAACCAACGAGGUGGCAAUCGACUACAAUGCGGGGCUGACGCCGGCGCUGGCGGGACUCCUGGCCAUGCUGGCGUGA